AUGGCAGUGGCCUAUUCGAACGCGAGGUCCUCCACCACCGGGCCACGCCAAGCACCCGGCGCACCAGGCAACUCAUCCUCCUCCCCCACCGCCGUCUUCCAACUCCCGCCCAAAGCACGACUCUAUCUCCCAUCAUGGCUGCACUACCUCCUCUCGCGCAUUCUCGCCGCCGCUACACGCCUGUCCUUUUCCACCUCGAUCCGCGAAAACCUCGAUCGCUUCCGCGCAUGGUCGCCCGGUAAAGGCGAACGCUUCAAGUAUGGCUUCCUGCUCUUCAUCGCGCUCUUUUCGCUCUUCGUCAUGGAAAGCCCCGCCUUCCCCUACAAGCUCAUCAUCCCGGCACUGUACACGACCACACUUCUGUUCCCCGUCACUUCGCAGUUCUUUCUGCCGGCUGCACCGAUCUUUGCCUGGCUCAUCUUGUUCUAUUCGUGCAAGUUCAUCCCCGCCUCGCUGCGACCUCACAUAUGGGUGUCCGUGCUGCCGACGCUCGAAACGAUCUGGUAUGGGGCUAACAUAUCGGACAUCUUGACCCAGUUCGGUCAUCCGAUCCUCGACAUUUUAGCUUGGUUGCCGUACGGCGUGAUUCAUUUCGCAGCCCCGUUCUUCGUCGCCUCGUUCCUGUUUGUCUUUGCACCACCUUCGUCGGUCAAGGUGUUUGCGCAGGCGUUCGGGUUCAUGAUGUUGAUCGGCGUUAUGAUUCAGAUUGUCUUUCCCUGCGCUCCACCUUGGUACGAGUUGAGGGAAGGUCUGACGCCCGCCAACUACGGCAUGCGAGGUUCACCCGCGGGUCUAGCGAGGAUCGAUGCGCUGUUCCACGGGCACGGAUACACGCUCACGUUCACGGGCGCACCGGUCGUCUUUGGUGCUUUCCCAUCGUUGCAUGCCGGAAACGCGACGAUCAUGGCGCUCUUCUGCAGCUACUUUUUCCCUCUGAAGCUCAAGUUGGCGAGGGUGAGGCUGGACGCGAGGGUGUUGUAUUGGGGCUACUGCUCGGUGUUGUACUGGGCGACGAUGUAUCUGAUGCAUCACUAUCUGAUCGACUUGGUAGCGGGGGCUUGUUUGGCGACCUUCAGCUUCUACUUUUUCCUCACCGACGAGAUUCGCGAGGCGAUGGAGCAGAACUAUCCCUACCGAAAUUCGAGCGCUGCUCCGCCGAGUGCAGCGCCGCCUAGCGAUCGACCGGAUCUAGCUUUCGCAUCGACGGGAGCGGGGCAGAACGAGAUCGCGUUGGACACGCUGCGCAGCAACGGCGGUGCACCGUACAUCGGCGGGCAGGGUGGUGCCGAUGGGGAUGUGGAGAGUCAAAAGUUGAGGCCAGAGGUGAUUUUUUCGAUCGACGAGACGGCGGGAGCUGACGCUGGAGAUAUCGCCGGGUCGAACGCGGACGAGGAGAGGAGGAGGGAGAUGGCGGCAAAGAUGUUGGCGAGGACAAAGAGUCCGGUGCAGAGGGUGAGGAGCCCUGCGAUUGCGAGGGACGACAAUGCGUGA